CAAUGCAUGUGUACUUACAGUAAACUAACGAGUAGCUUGACUAACUGUCGGACCGACGCAAAGAUUUACGGUCAGAUUAACACUCGUGAAAAUGGUGCUGGUAAUAACAGAGCUCGUAUAGACUUGCAAUAGUGUCUAACUGGAAAGAGGACUAAUAUCUACUAUAAAGCACAAACUCCAAACCUUUCUAUUAUUACCAAUUUACUCACUACCACGCUCACUACUACCAAAAACAUUACUCGUUUCGUCUCACGACAUCUAUUCGCUAUUAACAUCAGUAUGAGGUUUACUACUUCCAUCAUCCUCUUUGCUCUGUCCAUGAGCGUCCAGGCUACCUGCAAUAUUCCUGGUCAAGGCUCCGGUACUACCUCCGAUACUCGCUGCUGCUGGGGUGGCUCUGAAGGCUCCGAUGCCUGCUACAGGCAGAACGGCUACGCGGGUUGUGGUAACGGUAUCGAGAACGCAAAUUUCUGCAGGAAUGUGGGUGUUCCCAACUCUCGCUGCAAUUCCGACUGCUGCGAUAUCGCCACUGGCCGUGGACAGCCUUGUCCCAGAGGUAACAACCGCUGUGACAAGGAUUCUGGCUGCCCUUACCGCAGGUUCCCCCAGGGUACUCUUAUCUAAACCGUCUCUAGAGGUUAUGCUAGUCGGCUUGCAUAUUUAUAAGUAAGGAGUGAAGGAUCUGGCUAGUUGUUCGAUUGUAAUCGAUAAAUGCUUAACUAAUCUUAUCUGGC